AUGGCCAAAGCCCAGCUGUGUGGAUUACAGGACGAGUUCACCUGCUCGGUGUGUCUGGACACCCUGACUGACCCUGUCACGAUCCCCUGUGGACAUAAUUUCUGUCUGAAUUGCCUCAUGGACUGCUGGGAAAAAAGCCAAGAGACCAGCUGUCCUCAAUGCAGAGAGAACUUCACCACGAGGGCUGCUCUGCGAAGAAAUAAUCUGCUGAAUGAAGUCAUCAAGAAAUUAAAGAAGAUGACACUCAGUCCUCCUCCUCCUCCUCAGAAUUAUGCUGGCCCUGGAGACGUGGAGUGUGAUUUCUGUACUGGUAAGAAGUUCAGAGCAGUGAAGUCCUGUCUCACCUGCCCGGCCUCCUACUGUCAGAAUCACCUGCAGCCUCACUAUGAAGUAGCGGCCUGGAAGGGACACAAGCUGGUUGAUCCUGAUAGAAAUCUGAAAGAGAAACUCUGUGAGAAACAUCAGAAAAGUCUGGAGAUAUUCUGUAAAACUGAUGAUUCCUGUAUCUGCUUGAUGUGUGUGGUGACUGGACAUAAAAAUCAUGAAAUGGUCGAGCUGGAGACGGAAAGUGAAGAAAAGCAGAAACAGCUGGGGGCGACACUGAGUGACAUCAAGAGGGGA